AGGGAACCCGGGCGCCCCAGGGCCUGCGGAGGGUGCAGCGGGCUGUAGGCCAGGGCAGGGGGAGUGGGCCAAGCUGCUGGUUGGUGCCUGAAAUCUGUGCGUUGCCCCUUUAAUUGUGUCCCCAGCCCGCGGGCGUUUCUGUCCAACGCCCACGUCAGCAAAUACCUUUUGUUUCUCUCACGUUGGGGCUACUUGUUUGAGGGCGCCCAGGAACGGCCCCGGAAGGGGGCUUUUCCCCCGCGCCGAGAGCCCCGGAGCCUGCUGCCCCCGGCCCGAGCGCACGACCCGCCGGUGCUCGGCGGCCCGCGGACAAUCCUACACAAAGAGAUUUGUGUUUGAGUUGAAAUUUCCUCCUUUGUACUUCAAUCAACUUCGCAGGAUUUCAAGAGCAGCUUCAUACAUUUCCAGUGAAACCCUGGCAUCACGUGUGGUCCCCUGAGCACUGCCAGGAGUGAUGCCUGAGCACAGAGCCAGCAGCAAGCCCUGACUAUAGCUAGAUAUCUCCACACCUUUAUCAGCAAGUUUGAUUUCCCAACUAAAUUUCAGAUCAGUAUUCCUGUGCCCACCUGAGCAUUUCUACUUGUUCUCAUACAGACUUCAAGCAGUGUACUGAAAACCAGUCAUUGUGGUGUGGUGGAGCAUCAGUUAGCGAUCCAACUCAGAAUGGAGAUCUCCUCUCAUCAGUCCCAUCUCCUGCAGCAGCUGAACGAACAACGCAGGCAAGAUGUGUUUUGUGACUGCAGUAUCCUAGUGGAAGGCAAAGUCUUCAAAGCACACCGAAAUGUGCUAUUUGCUAGUAGUGGAUACUUUAAAAUGCUCCUGUCCCAGAAUUCAAAGGAGACAAGUCAGCCGACCACAGCUACCUUUCAGGCUUUCUCCCCGGACACUUUUACCGUUAUCCUGGACUUUGUCUAUUCUGGCAAACUCUCUCUGACUGGUCAGAAUGUGAUAGAGGUGAUGUCCGCUGCCAGCUUCCUGCAGAUGACUGACGUCAUCAGUGUGUGUAAGACCUUCAUCAAAUCUUCAUUAGACAUUAGUGAGAAAGAGAAGGAUCGCUAUUUCAGUCUCUCUGAUAAAGAUGCCAAUUCGAAUGGUCUAGAGCGUUCUUUUUAUAGUGGUGGCUGGCAAGAAGAAAGCAGUUCUCCACGUUCCCACCUAAGCCCAGAUCAAGGAACAGGUGGCGUAAGUGGGAAAUCUUGGAGUAAAUAUAAUUACCAUCUACCCUCUCAAAGGAAUAUGCAACAAAUUCUGGCCAAGCAUGAACAGAGGAAGGAUUCCAUUAAAAAGUCAAAACAUCUGAGACUGUCAAAGCCUCCUGAAGUUGCUCAUUAUAAGUCAAGUAAACAGGAAGUCCAGACUUCUGAUCCUUCCAGCCAUGUAUCCCAGUCUGAAGAAAAAGCACAAACUGAUGUGGAAAUAGACUCUGCUCCUAUUGGCUAUCCAUAUGGCCAAGGAUCUGAUGGCAUAUCCAGAAGUUUUUCAGAUGACCUGCCCCGGAUGCGGUUCAAGUGCCCUUUCUGCACACAUGUGGUGAAAAGGAAAGCUGACCUCAAGCGCCACCUUCGCUGUCACACGGGGGAAAGGCCCUACCCCUGUCAAGCUUGUGGGAAAAGGUUCAGCAGGCUAGACCAUCUCAGUAGCCACUUCCGAACAAUUCACCAGGCCUGCAAACUCAUCUGCCGGAAAUGCAAGCGCCACGUGACGGAUCUCACAGGGCAAGUGGUGCAGGAAGGCACCCGGCGCUACAGACUCUGCAACGAGUGCCUUGCCGAGGUGGGCAUCGACAGCCUCCCCAUGGACCUGGAAGCGCAGCAGCAGCUCCUGUCCCCGUCCGAUGGAGACAAGGAUUCCAGGUGGCACAUGAGUGAAGACGAGCAUAGAUCAUACGUGGAGAUCAUUGAGGACGGGUCUGCUGAUCUGGUCAUACAACAGGUUGAUGACAGCGAAGAAGAAGAAAAGGAAGUAAAGCCCAACAUUAGGUAGCUGCUGUGUGAAGCCACAGACCUUGAAGUCUGCAGCUUCGUGUGACUUCCUGCAUCUCUGUUGCUCCAUGGUCAGAGCCUGGUUAACACCUUUAUCCAAAUGACUUCAAAGUCACCACCUGACAUAACUUGCAUGCUUUCUGAACGGGGCACUAUGCCCAUUCCUGAACUGUGUUGCCCUGAAAUAUGUUGCUGCACUGGAAAGAAAGACAUAGCCCGAGUUGGCGUGAUAGGGGACAAUGACUCCUCUUGCUUCUAUUACAGAGGUAUCUUUUUCCUUUUAAUAUUGGAAGCUCUACUUAGCAAACUUUUUUCAAGGGAAGUAUUUUAAAUAAAGCUAC